AUGUUCCUCCUCAUUUCCAUGCAGCCCGGUUGGCCGCUCAUAAGCAUGAUGUUUUUACUCAGCUGCCACCUUCCGCGGAUGGCUGUCCAGCAAGGGGACGUGUUGAAAGCUCGAGUUCAUUCGCAUCUCUUGGUCAGCUGUGAGCCCGCUGCGCCGGGCGGCGUAAUCAAAAGUGGCUUGGAGCAGUGGAAGGAGGCAACAGCGCGUCGCCUCGCUACUCAAAACACGUAUGUCGUAGUUUGCUUGCACUGGAUGCAUGCUGGGGGCAGCGGCAUGUUGAAAACAGCUGACGCUUACUGA